AUGAUCCCAAAAGACAAUCUAGGUGCGGCGAUGCGACUAGAAGCUUUCAGCGACGCCGACUUUGCCACCGACAAGACGGACCGGAAGUGGAUGACGGGCGGCAUCGUGAUGCUGAACGGGAUGGCCGUCAUCUAG